UGAAUAAUAGCACAAAUUCUCGGAUUGUUUCACCCGUAAGCUUCGGUCCCUUCUUCUAUUAAUCUUUAUUGCUUGCUUAAAGAGCAAUGAAGUGAUCUUUUUAACUACCAGCUCUUAAAGAUCCGAUCAGAUCCGGCCGUGGAUCCCAAGAGAGCUGAGCACUGAAAAAGAAAUAAAUAUAUCAUUUUUUUCAGGGAAUGAAAUGUCGAGGAUUGUGAGUUAGGGUUUUUCUUUGUUUAGUGGAGGGGUUGGGGUUUUGACCUCCGGGUGUAUGAAGAUUUGGUGCUGCAUUUGGUUUAUCGACGACGAAGGGCACAAUAAUCAACGGGGAGGAACCAUGAAGGAGGGUUUUUUGGCAAAUGUCGACGACAUUGAGGGUAAUAUUGCAAAUGACAGCGACGAAGAAGCCUCCGCCGGUCUAUCUGUUUCCCUAAACAGAACCCUUAACAGUCAACGACAGGGAGACGAGACGGUGCUGUCGUUUCAAGAAAAUUCCACCGCCACGAGAUACGGUGGGAACUGGGUCGAUUCUAUGUUGCGCCAUUCAGUUGGCUUCUCGCGUUCUUUCAUCGGUGAGACUUGCGCCUCCUCUUCAGCUGCCGUAAAUGAUUGUGAACACCACGAUUCGCACCACAAGCGAGCUAAAGUCCACACCUUAUAUCAGUGAGUUAACUAGAUUACUCUAGACAACUUUUUUGAAGAAAUUUAUUCUGUUUUCAUACUUAUUCUGA